GUUAGCGACCUUGGAGAGAGAGUUCGAGCAAACGGGUGACACUUUCGUCAACGUGCCCCGGAAGAUAUUUUUAAACGUAGAGGCGGAAGAAGAUGUGGAUGUCAAGUUUACCCAAGUAGCGUGUGGCGAAGUGCACUGCUGCGCGGUGGACACGAAGGGGCAGGUGUACUCCUGGGGCUGGGGUAUCAAAUGCAAAUAUAUCUGGGUCUGGAAACUUGUAAUGCUGAGAGACGUAGCACGAGGAGGCCACAAAUGAUGGCUCAGCAUGACAAGUUUCUGAGCUUCUAAGUGUUGCCUAUUCUGCAUGGCAAAGCGCGUUUCUGCAUCACAGAAAAAUAGGGUUUUUGGGUACCGUGCAUGGCAGACUUGAGAGUCUUGCUAGCCUAGCACGACAAAUCUUGCACUUUCCAGACCCAGACAUUUUUGCAAUUCAUAUGGGGCGAAUUCGGGCAAUUGGGGCUGGAUCCGGCCGCGUUUCCGUCGGAAGAUUCGAAGAGGUGCUUUACGCCGAAGAAAAUUGACGGCGCGAAAUACUUUCACGACCGGAAAAUCCGGGAAGUGAAGUGCGGCGGCGCGUUCAGUGUGGCGGUGACAGUCUGUUCGGCGGUCGUGGCAGGAUCGCAGAAGGAGGUCGUGACAGGAGCAACGUCUUCGAAGAAAAAUAUCGACCACGAAAAUGAAUCUUCGGCCGGCGCGUCUAGCAGUUCGAAAGCCUCUCAAAGGAUCGCUGUAGAAGACGGGCGGGAAGAAGAUAAUGAGUUACUGACCGGCGAUGUCGAUUUGGAUUUGCGAAGGCAUGUGGAAUAUCAAAUGUAAAAAUGUCUGGGUCUGGAAGAGUGCGCGAUUUGUCAUGCACCUUUUCCAUGACCCAUCCCCAUGAGGUCUGGAAUGCAGGACCUAGCAUGACAGAUUCUGUGCGAUCUCUCUCAUGCCUAUCCUGCAUGAGAAACUCCCUCCCGACUUGGUCAAAACUGGACGACUUUUGGCAAUCGUGCAACACAGAUUUUUGCAUGCUUCAGAUUUAGCAUGACAAGUUGCAUUCUUCCAGACCCAGACAUUUUUACAUUUGAUAUGGAAAGUACUACAUCCACGACGCAACCAACCUCCGUCACGUUUGACGGACUGUACUCCGGCAGCCAGGGCGGGCAGGUGUACGCGUGGGGCACCAACGACCGGGGGCAGGUGGCGCAGCACCCCUCGAAAGUGUUCGAGCAGCGCACGCCGCACCACUUGCUGGCGCUCGCGCACACGUGCGUGGUCGAGGUGUCCUGCGGGUUGCACCAUACGCUUGCGUUGGACGUGACCGGGCGCGUGUUCGCCUGGGGUAGCAACUCGCACGGGCAGCUGGGUACCCGGUCCCUGCCGAAAACGCGACAGCCGCCCCCCGUGUUUGCGGGCAGCCAGGAGUUUGAGUGUGCGCCCCAGCCACUGCAGGCCCUCUCGCGGAUUCGCAUCUGCAAAGUUGCUGCGGGCAGAGAGCAUUCAGUCCUGUUGACGUAAGAACUCUGGAGCAAGAAGGUCCGUUGUUUCUAAUACAUGAUGUUAUUUAUUUACUUUACCAGCGCCUGAGGCAAAGUCAAAACGUAUAAUGUAAAUGAUUCUACAGAAUAAGCAGAUCGACAGACAUCGAAGAAAGAUUGAAAUAGAUAGAAUCACAGCUCGACAUUUGCAAACGACAAAUAACCGUCGGCGCAUCGGUAUUGAAUUCGUAUAAAAAUGAAAUGGGCAUAAUUCAGCAUGAGCUUCAGCAUCAGCAAGGGAAUAAGAGGAGGCCAUGUAGUGCGGGCAAAUAAAACUUCCA